AUGCCAGACGGGUCUCCGCCACCCUCCCCUCCUUCCCCAGCGAAUUCAGAUAAUGACACCAAAGCUUCCCGAAAGCGUGAGCGGGAGGUUUCUCUUGAGCCUGGAGCGUCUACCCCCGCGUCUUCGUCGGACAUCCGCGUGCCUGCGAAGAAGAAUCGACGCGAGCUCGACUCGACGGUUGAAGAAGAAAGCAAUUCGUUGUCGAGAUCACCGUCUCCCGGAGAGGGAGUCAGCGCGUCUCCUCCACAAGAAAUGAAAAUUCGGGUACGGCAGAUCAGUCAAGGCGUCGAAGAACUACGGUGGCAGCAGCGUCAUUCGCCAGACCAUAGCGCGGACAUGGACAAGAGUCACGAUACCGAUACGGCACCUGAUAGUGUCCAACUCCAAGUUGACACUGAUUCGGCUGGGGAUUCAAUAGACACUGAAGAGAAGGAAAAAGGACUCAAAAGGAAAUACCUUGAACGAGGAACCAGCGCAGAGCCAACUGGACAACAACCGGAAAUCGGAGAAGCCCUCAAACGACCCAGAGAUGAUCCAGACAAGGACCCAAACCCCCGUGAAACUAAACGACCUUCCCCACCUCCCGAACCCACGCCGAACUCUCCAUCUCCAGCGAAGCUUAGUGGUUUCAUGGCGUAUGCGUCGACCAGCUCGCCCUUCGCCACCGUUAAAGGCGAAAAUCUCUUCAAGAAAAGCAGUUCUCCGAGCCCAUUUGCUGCUGUCACAACUAAUGCUCACGCAACAUCUCCAUUUGUCUCUACGACUCCCUUCCCUGGCCGGUCAUCACCAACCCAGUCAUCUAGCUCACCUAAACGAACUCCGGUCUUUGGCUCCCCGUCGCCAUUUGGCGCGUCUUCUAAAGCGAAGCAAGAUGUUCUUGGGUCAACGUCUAAAUUGGCGAGGGCCAAGUCACCUGUCCGACGAGCUGCUCCUGCCACUAGUGGCAGCGCAUUCUCAGCAUAUGCAACAAAAGGAGCACAAGCAUUUGCAUUGGCUGAAUCGAAAGCGACAUCGACACCGGUGAAUGGAAAUGGAAAUGUGGAAACUGGAGAAGACAGUGCGAAUGGGAGUGAAGAUGGCGAAGGGAGCGCUGAGGAGGAGACCAAAUCAGCGUCAUUUGGUGAAAAGUUGCGGGCAAGUAAAGACGAUGAAGACAAACAGGCAGAUGAUGACAGUGUGGUCUAUAACGAGCAGGAGGUCACGACUGGGGGAGGAGAACGAAGAGACCCUGCAUCAAGUACGAGGCUAAAUGUUAGACGAGAAGAUGGAGGCGGGGCUAGAUUGAUAAUGCGCAAGGAAGCGGUCUACGCAGUAUUGUUGAACGUCACGCUUUUCCAUGGUAUGCAAUGCGUAGUAGCACAAGACCCACGAUAUCUGAGGUUAAGCGUGCUGGAAGCGGGACAAGCGACUCAUUAUAAUCUUCGGGUGGGCAGCGCAAAAGCGGCGCAGGAUUUACUACACGAAAUCAACGCCAACUUACCGUCUGCGUGA